AUGCUGGAGAAUACAGAAUAUAAUCAUUCCCGUCGUCGUCGCUCUGGUAUUGUGAGGACGAAUUUGUCGGUUGAUGCGAAGCGCAGGGUUUACUUGACGAGGAGGAGUAGGCGGGGUUGUGGUGCGAGUGGGAUUGUAAGGGGGGAUUGGGAGACCGGUAGUGAUUUGGAGAGUGGUGAUGAGGAGAGUGGUGUUGAGUCAAUUGAUUUGACGGAUAUUUCGAGGUCUUUUCAGUCAUCGCGGAAUCUUGAGGUGCUUUGUGAUGACCGGAAUGAGGGCGAGCGAAUGGAGCUUGAUCAGAGUGUGGAUGUGGAUUUACCAGAGCGUGAAGAUACGCAGACUGAUUCUGGCGAAGUGUCACUCAGCGACUUCGCCAACUUGUUGGAAGAAUCCCAAAGUAUUCCUCUGGAGACAUCGUCGAGUGACGCAGACACAGAGGACAUAUCUCCAUGUGAAUCCGUUGAACUAACCCAAGAACCUGACAGCACUCACGUAGAACAAGCCCUGAAUGAUACCAUCGAGCUAGACAAACCACACCGCGACUUCUUACCCGGGAAAAAGAACCUUGUCGAGGAGGAAUUGUUAGAGUACAUCCCCAUGAACUUGAAAAUCCCAGCACAUGCCCGGCCGAAAUCGAAUCGUCGGUCUCUGGAAAGUAUUGAGCCUAUUUUGGAUCGGAAGGCGAAAUUACCUCUUGGACCUGCGGAUGCUCCUCUAAAUAACUCUGCCUUCCACACGCCCUCUGUAUCUAGGCCAUGGUAUAGAAAUAGGCAACUAGUAGUAGCCUUCAUCUUCAUCAUAGCUGCAAGCAUCGUCUCCAUCAUAGUCUACCUCCUCCUCCUCCUCCUCUUCCUCAUUAUCGCUAUCGUCAUCGCUAUUAUCCUCUUCGUCUUCCUCUUCGUCUUCCUCUUCGUCUUCCUCUUCGUCUUCCUCUUCGUCUUCCUCUUCGUCUUCCUCUUCGUCUUCCUCUUCGUCUUCCCCUUCGUCUUCCCCUUCGUCUUCCUCUUCGUCUUCCUCUUCGUCUUCCCCUUCGUCUUCCCCUUCGUCUUCCUCUUCGUCUUCCUCUUCGUCUUCCUCUUCGUCAUCAUUUUCGUCUUCCUGUUCGUCAUCACUUUCGUCAUUUUCAUCUUCUCUGUCCUCCUCACUAUCAUUAUCACUAUCACUAUCAUCUUCUUCCGUAUUCCCCUCGCUAUCUUCAGCGCUCUCUUCAUCUUCGUCGCUAUCUUCGUUGCUGUCGUUAUCGCCGUCUUCGCCUUCGUCGCUGUUUUCGCCUUCGUCGCUUUCUUCGUCUUCAUCGCUAUCUUCAUCCUCGCCGCUAUCUGUGUCGGUGUCUUCAUCGCUCUCCCCAUCGUCGUCAUUCUCUUUAUCUUCAUUAUCGUGUGUGUCAUUGUGUUCUUCGUCGCUACUUUCGCUUGA